CCAGCCCACACAACAACACGCACCGUUGCACGCCAAUCUUCCCCCCUCAGGGUGCCUCCUCCCAUUCCCCUUCUCCCCUCUUCCUCACGUUCUUCCCUAUUUUUCUUCCUCGGGUCCCUAUAGCCUCACGGCUCAAGCUCCAGCCAGUCGUCCUUGCUGUCGUCUGCCUCUCCGUCCUCGUUGUCACUGCACGUGUGUUUGCAUCUCGAUUCCGACGCCGCUCUGAAUCACGACUGCCCCGUCAGCCAUCGACCAUCGAUUCACACGUCAUCCGUCGACCAGCUUCAAAGCCAACAUCCGACGCCAGCUCUGUGGUAUACUCUAGUAUCCAUAUCCGACGUUAGAACAUCAACACAAACACCCUGCCACCGAUUGCGAAUUAGCAGAUCAACAAAGCUUCCUUUGCUGCAAAGAAAAACAAGACGUCGCCGGAAUACCCGCCACCCCGGUCAAUCCACGGGUUCCGUCCAUCGCAAAGCAACACAAGCAAAGCUCUCGAGCCAUCGCCAUCUGCCUUUGUCCGUCUACCUCGACGACUUCGAUCUCGACGACCACCUCUGAUCUCUGAGCCCACUGAAGAAGAACCAUCAAUUCCACCCAAGAACGUCAACCUUCCGACCCGGCACUCUCUGCUCUUGAUACACACUGUGACUUUGACUAGUUAUGGCGUCCUCACAAUUGCAGUUUGCCUACCGCACCCAGAAGGGCAUCGGCCUGUUUGAUGCUGCGCCAUCUUACCAGCCUCUCUCUGGGUUCACCAAUCCUGAAGGGAACCUCCGGUGUUGUGCAUACUCGCCCUGUGGCCGGUACUUUGCCUGGGCGAGCCCCGAAGUUGUCACCGUUGUCGACGCUUCCACUGGCCAGCAGGUUCUUGCCCUCCCCAUCCUCAAUGUCCUUGAGCUCGGUUUCUCUCCUCUCGGCACCUUCCUCGUCACCUGGGAGCGACCUGGCAAGGACGAGAACGGAGAUGCGACCAAGAACCUGAAGGUCUGGCGUACCGUCGAAGACGGCGUUGCCGGAGCCGACAAGCUGCCCUUGGGCAAGUACGUCCAAAAGUCGCAGGGAGGCUGGAACCUUCAGUACACAGCCGACGAGAAGUUCUGUGCCCGCCAAGUCACCAACGAAGUCCAGUUCUACGAAAGUCAUGAUCUCGGCACCGUCUGGAACAAGCUGAGAGUCGAGGGCGUCGCCGACUUUGCCCUGGCUCCCGGUCGUUCCCACUCCGUUGCUGUCUUCAUUCCUGAACGCAAGGGACAACCCGCUGCCGUCAAGGUCUACAAUGUGCCCCAGUUCAACGCUCCCAUUUCCCAGAAGACCUUCUUCAAGGGCGACAAGGUCCAGCUCAAGUGGAAUCAAUUGGGAACCAGCAUUCUCGUUCUGGCCCAGACCGAUGUCGACAAGUCCAACAAGAGUUACUACGGUGAGACUACGCUGUACCUGCUCAGUGUCAAUGGCUCUUUCGACGCCCGCGUCAGCCUUGACAAGGAGGGUCCUAUCCACGAUGUGACGUGGUCCCCGAACUCUAAGGAGUUUGGUGUCGUCUAUGGCUACAUGCCUGCGAAGACUACCAUCUUCAACCACCGCGCCGUUGCCCAGCACUCGUUCCCCCUGGGACCCCGCAACACCAUCAUCUUCUCUCCCACGGGACGUUUUGCUCUUGUUGCUGGAUUCGGAAAUCUGGCUGGCCAGAUCGAUGUCAUUGAUCUCGAGAAGGAUUUCCGCAAGCUCCACACCAUCGAGAGUGGCAACCCUAGCGUCUGCACGUGGAGUCCCGACAGCCGUUAUAUCAUGACGGCUACCACUUCUCCUCGUCUCCGUGUCGACAACGGCAUCAAGCUCUGGCACGUCAGCGGUCCUCUCAUGUACAACGAGGACAAGGUUGAGCUUUAUCACGUUGUCUGGAGGCCCUUGGCUGUUGAAAAGGUUGCGGGCGGAGAUCCUCUGAACCCGGUCCCCACCCCCCACGCCUCCGCGGCCACUUACUUGGGCUCCGUAAAGACGCCCAGCAAGCCCGCGGGAGCUUACCGCCCUCCUGGUGCUCGUGGCCUCGCCACCCCGCUUCACUUCAAGCGAGAAGACGAGGGCGGCGCGGCCCACAUCAGCAUGAACAACGGAUCUGCGCCCAUUGGACCUAACGGGUUCGGACGUCCCCGCCGUGGUGUGCCUGGUGCAGAGUUCGCCGUUCCUGGUGCUGCUCCUAAGGUUCCUGGAGCCGACCCGAACGACGAUGAAAACUUGUCGAAGGCGGCGCUCAAGAACAAGAAGAAGCGCAACAACAGAAAGAAGGACGGAGAAAUCAACCCAGAAGGUCAGAACGGCGGUGGUGCUUCGCUCGCCCCGCCUCCCCGUGACUUUGGCGCGGGUUCUGGCCACGAGGGUCGCAGCCCUGAGCGCCGUGGCGGUGCCGGAGGUAACCACAGACACCGCAGCCACUCUCGCAACCCCGGUGCGGGUCAGCAUCGUAACAGGAGCAACACCCACCGAGGCCAGAAUGGCGCGCCGCAGGUGCCUAACGCGCAGCCUCAGCAGGCCGCACCGGUGACUGUGACUAGCCCCGGCGCCGAUAACUCGCAAAACCCGAACGCGAAGAAGAUUCGCAGCUUGCAGAAGAAGGUCCGCGCGAUCGAGGAUCUCGAGAUGAGACUGGCCGGAGGCGAGAAGCUUGAGGACACGCAGAUGAAGAAGAUCGGCACCAAGUCAUCUGUGCUCAAGGAGUUGGAUGGUCUCGGUGGCGAGGGCCACUAGAGUCAUCGUGAUUGCCUAGCGAGACAGACCAAGGAUGCAAAGAGUUCUGUAGGAAAAGGGACUACCUGAUGGAUACUGGAACACGCAAGGGCCCACAGCCUAGAUGAUACAGGUCCCAUGGAUCCCUAGUAUUUGGAAGAGUAGAGUCAGGAUUACGUGUAGAGGAUCAGGAAAAUCGAAAAUGCAAAAUGCAAAAAGCAA